CUGAGAGACUAUGGCAUCUUUCUGCUUCUCUCAGUCGAUCCAUCCCUAGCUCCUCCUCCUCCUCCUCCUCCUCCUCCUCUUCGAGUCUCAGAGACUCUCGCCUCUCUCGCUGCCUCGUCUUCGAAGCCACUAGCCACAAGCAUCCCAGGUGGAGACAAUGAUUAUCACAAAGCAGUAUCGUUGCAUACACUCAGCUAGCUGUAUGUGCUCAAAAGGGCAUCUUACGGAGGAAGUGAUAUUUCUGCUUUUUGAGCAUUUGAACUGGAAUCCUAAGUUGAUUGCAGCUCUUUCUUGUGCUUGCAAAUGGUUUGAUGAUCUUGCUAAACGAAUACUUUGGAAGGAGUUUUGUAAGACUAGAGCUCCAAAGAUGAUGGUUGAUCUGCAAUCUAGUGGGAGUCAUAGUGUUGAUGGGAACUGGAGGGCGCUUGGGAAGCUGCUUAUUUACUGUUCAGGAUGUAGCAAGGGGGGCUUGUUUAAUAGCAUUUCUAUUCCUGGACACUUUGUCUACAGAACCCGGUUCUCUAGGACAUCAGGGAAAAGCUUUCUUUUACCUCAAUGCAGAACAGAUGUUUUGUAUGUGUCUGACCCUUGCGAACAUCUUGAUCAAGGGGAAGAAGGGGAUGUAGGAUUCUUCCGGGGAGUUUUUAAGUCUUUUGCUUCAUCAAAGGUGAGAAAGAUGCUGAUUAGGAUGGGGGCUCAGUUACAUCCAACGGAGGUUUGCCCCUAUUGUAAGGCAAAGUUGUGGAGCAUGCUGCAAGCAAAGAUGAUACCACAGAGUGCUAGCUGCAGGUUAGGUUCUUAUGAAGAUUGCAUUGAGUACUACGUGUGCCUCAAUGGCCAUGUGCUUGGGAUUUGCACCCUCUUGCCAUUAUCAGAUUCAGAUGAGGCAUCUGAGUUGGAGUGAUCUUAGAAUAGACCAAGUUAUUCAAACAUUGCAAGUAAGAAUUUGAGUCUCAUGGUCCAUAUUAGACAGAUUUUGGAAAGCCGGACAGUAACAGGCUGUUUAUUCGAAGAUGAGAUCCGUUGUUGUAAUAUCUUCUACAUGUACACCUAUGUUGCUUCUUCCUUGGCUCACUGCAAAAGGGUCUAAAAGCUACUGCUAACCAUUUUGUUUCAUUAUUGUUGCAUUAAAGGUUGUUCCUGUAAUCCAUGUAAUAUUAUGUACAUUGUAUGACUAUUAUGUAUUUGCUGUUGAACUGCAGGUUGGAAUGUAAUAUUGUGCACAUUAUUAUAACCCUGUUGAUUUGCAUGUAACCUUGACUUUCUUG